GUGAUGAGUUUCACUUUUAAUUCCUUCAGUAUAGCAACAACAGUUAGAACGUUUUAAGAUGUUUAAGAAUUUUAUUUUCAUUUUAAUUUUUAUUUUAAUAGAAUUCAGAAAUUCUAAUGGACGAAAAUUGCAAACACAACGAAAUGUUGUUUUACUUUUGGCCGACGAUGGAGGUUUCGAAAUGCGAUCUUAUUUAAAUAAAAUUUGUCAAACUCCCAAUUUAGACAAAUUAGCAAAAGAAAGUUUGAUUUUUAAUAAUGCUUAUACUUCAGUCAGCAGUUGUUCACCUAGUCGUGCUUCACUAUUAACGGGUUUACCAAGUCACCAAAAUGGAAUGUACGGUUUACAUCAAGGAGUACAUCAUUUCAAUUCAUUUGAAAAUGUUCCUAGUUUAUCGAAGAUAUUAAGACGUAAAAAUAUAAGAACUGGUAUUAUUGGAAAAAAACACGUGGGACCAAAUAAAGUUUAUCCCUUUGAUUUUUCCUAUACGGAAGAAAAUGAAUCGACUCUUCAAAUAGGAAGAAAUAUUACGAGAAUCAAGUUGCUUGUUAGAGAAUUUUUAUCUCAAAAUAAAUCCCAACCAUUUUUCCUGUAUGUUGCUUUUCACGAUCCCCAUCGUUGUGGACAUAAAAAUCCAAAAUACGGAAACUUUUGUGAAAAAUUUGGCAAUGGAGAUGAGGGAAUGGGAACAAUUCCAGACUGGUCUCCAGUUUAUUAUCAAUGGGAAGAAAUAAAAGUUCCAUAUUUUGUUCAAGAUACUGAAGCUGCAAAAAAAGAUAUAGCAGCUCAAUAUACAACAAUAUCUCGAUUAGAUCAAGGAGUAGGAUUAGUUCUUAAAGAAUUAGAAGAUGCUGGAUUUAAAGACAAUACUCUAGUGAUUUACUCGUCAGAUAAUGGAAUCCCCUUUCCUAAUGGACGUACUAAUUUGUACGAUUCUGGCAUUGCAGAACCAAUGAUGAUUUCUUCUCCAUACCAUAAGGAAAGAAGAAAUGAUGCAACAAAAAGCAUGACUUCAUUAUUAGAUGUCGUUCCUACUAUUCUCGACUGGUUCAAAGUUUCAUAUCCAAAUCGUACUCGUAAUUCAAAUCAAAAUCAAUUCUCAUUAACUGGAAAAUCACUUCUUCCUCUAUUGACUAAAGAGCCACAGGAAAAAAAUACAACAGCAAUAUUUGCGAGUCAGACGCAUCAUGAAAUUACCAUGUACUAUCCAAUGAGAGCAAUUCGAACAAAACGUUAUAAACUUAUUCACAAUAUAAAUUAUAAAAUGCCUUUUCCUAUUGAUCAAGACUUCUACCUAUCACCAACUUUUCAGGAUUUAUUAAAUAGAACACAAUCAAAUCAACCUCUUUGGUGGAAUAAGUCAUUAAAGAAUUACUACUACAGAGAUGAAUGGGAAUUAUAUGAUCUAAAGCAUGAUCCAGAAGAAAUUAAGAACAUUGCUAGCAAAUCAUCAACCAAAGCAAUUUUCAUUGAUUUGAAAAAGAGAUUGCUAGACUGGCAAAAGGAAACAAAAGAUCCAUGGCUUUGUGCUCCGGAAGGAGUGUUUCAAUCAGUUGGAAAUUUUAAAGAUAAUCCUCAAUGCAUGCCUUUAUAUAAUAUGAAUUUUUAAAUUUCUAUUUAUAUAGUAAUAUACAGUGACAAUUGAUUUUAUACGAACAAAUUUUGUGAUAAUGCAAAUUUUUUAUAAUAAAUGUUUUUAUAAAUUUAA